GUGUUAAUAGCCCAGGGACUGUUUGAUACGGUACGUAAUACGAUGGAAUCUACACUGCCACCCUGUGUCCGUCAGCCCUACAGCUAUGCGGCGAAUGCAACCCUUCCACGUCUCGACCUUGGUCGCAGAACCCUCACACCGCGGCUUUCUACAUCGAAAUCCUCCACAUACUUAGUUAAAUGGGUUGAAGAUGACAAAGAUCAGCACACAAAUACACCACCUUGAUUCGACUGCCAGAGCUUCUUGACUGGAUAUCCAAUAUCCCGGGAUACGUAUUGAGCUCUGCGCAGUACCUACAAACGCACUCAUGUGAUUUCUGCGGCGGUGCUGGGCCAAUAGAGAGACUCGAAUGACGCCUAACUGGUGUUUUAUACAUAUCUCCAUGGGUAUCGCCCAGUGACCAAGUGCCAGCUCGUAGCGCGACAAAGGACCCGUGCCGUCUUGGGACCACGGACCGAGAUGGGGGGGAGCCCUAUGUGAAGAGGCAGCUAUUUUUAACAACGGCAAGAGUUGUGUCUGUUCCCUAUCAUGCUGGCGAUGUGGUUGGCGAGCGAGCGGUGAAGUGGCCGUGUGAUGGAGGCUCCUGAAUGUGUAUAUAAGCCUGCCUGUUGUCUGCGUGUAUCAUAAAACAAAAAAAGAAACAUCGAACGAGCUACCUACCAUUAUACCAAAUCACUUGACUCGCAAUCAUGUAUUCCAACAUCUUCUACAUCGCCACCCUCUUCCUCAGCUACCUAACCCUCCAAGCCUCCGCCUCCGUCGCGAUGGGCUCCCUCACCUUCCGCAAAGCCGACGGCGACGUAGUAACGCCAGCCGCCUGGGUCGGCACGGACCACCCGAUCGAGAUGUCCAAGUGCCCGAAGAGCGACGGCGUCAGCUACCACCAGUUCAACAACCUGAAGCUGUGCGAGCGCAACGGGGUGUCCGAGGCCUUCAAGCUGCGCAGGGGGGAUGGGAGUGUGCACGAGUACACGUUCCACUGCGCGCAGCAGGACGGGAGGAACGUGUUCGGGCUGUGCGAGGGGGGCAGGUGCUCGACGUGCAGGGAGGUGCAGGAUGUCUGGAGGGGGUUCUGCGGGUUCAAUCUGCAUUAUUCUUGUGAUUAGAUAGAUGCCUUGCCUUGUCUAGGAACCUAGGGGCUUAGGAGGGUGGGC